AUCUCCUCAGCAGGAAAUUUGUUUUAUACUGGAAAAAUAUGGAGGAAAUUAAUGAUUCCAGUUACUUAAAAUCAACGCUUAGUUCGGAAGACUCACGAUUGAAGGAGUGUUUGAAUGAUGCAAUACUUUUAUCGAGUAAUGAAGAAAUUUUAUCACAAUCGUUCGAUGAGAUUUUUUAUGAUACUAACGAAUUUUCUUUUUCGUGGAACAAUAAUAUAACAGAAUCUGAUAUAUCCGAUGUCAGUGACGUAGAAAUAUAUAAGAGUUGCUCAAAUCUGUUGGAAGAUAAUGAUACCACAAGUUUUCUUGCUUUGCCUCCGUCAAAACCCUGCGGGAAAAUUAUUAACGACAAGGAUCCUGACCCAGUACAGAACUUAGACAAUUUUCAAAAUUCGAUAAAAGAAGAUUGUGAAGCGGAUAAAAAUGUUCCAUUGAAGAUUGUAUUAAAGCGUAUGUUUCAUGAAAUUUUAGGGAAAUACAUGAAAGAACCAAGUACAGCUUGUUCAGUUAGUGAACCUAACAAUAAUGUUAAAAUAAAUAACAAUGAUUUAGAAAGUAAAUUAUCAGAAAGUAAUCAUUCUUAUUCAUCGGAAAGUGUAGACGUCACUUUGCCCUCCGAUGAUACGUCAGUCGAUGUUUCAAGCAAAUGUUGUCAAACAAAAUUAGAAACAAUUUUGGAACAAUCUAAUGAAAAUUACGGUACAACUUAUCAGCCUCCAUCAAGUUGGUCAGAAAAAUGUAUAAAAAAAUUAACAAAUUUUCCUUGUCGAAAGUUUAACAAACAUUGGAUAAGUGAUAAAAUAUUUAUUACUGGUGACACGGAAGACAGUGUAUCCAGUGAAUCUAACGCGUCGUGUGAUAUUGAAAUGCUUAGCAUGGAAAUCUUUAAGAAGCUAAACGAUUUCAAUAAUAAUAAUUUAAUAAAUUCCAUUGAUUGGAAUAGUAACACUUUUAAUAUUAAUAACGUAUUAAUUAACACCAAUGGUACAAGUAACGAAGAAUCCAAUUUAGUUAAAUCAAAGAGAUGUAUAAUACCUCCUGCUAUAUUUAUUACCCCUGCAACUCCAACCUAAGU